UUGUUCAUCUUAUGAAGACUCUGCCCUGAGGUCGAGGUUAUGGAGUUUGGACCAGGCGAAGAGACUCGUGUUGGGACCAAGGGUGCCAGGAUUCACCAAUCUUGGGUGCGGUGGGUCUCCACGAGAGCUUGGAGGACUUCUCAUCAUGUUUAAAAUGGAAAAGCACAUCCAGCGCCAGGAUUCCAAUCUUCAGUUUAACAGAAACGUUCAAGGCUGCUUCUGGAGCAUGUUCCAUACUGUUGACUACCAUGCCUGGCAUAAUGUUAAAAAGAUGCUUCCUUACAGAAAGCAUUCAAGAAGCAAGGGAAGUCCAAAAUCAACUGUUAACCAUCAUGUUGCCGAAGUUCCAGAACAAAUCAAGGAUGAAAACAAGACUCUAUUGUGUACAACAGAGAGUUGCCCGUUUGGCAAAAGCUCGGGAGAAGCUCAUGAAAAGGAAGUGAUUACUAAGAAAAAGUCCGAGGAAGAAAGCCAAAAGGACUUGAAAUUGAACUUCAAUUCAAAACGAAGGUUAAGUCGAACUAAGUCGAUUCAUCAUUUAGAGCCUUCAGGUUUUUCUCUAGGAGAUAAUGGCGAAAUUGGAGACAGCAGAGUCGCUUCUCAACAGAGAACUCCCAUGGAAUUAGCUGCAUCUGGAAAGAGGAGUAAUUCUCUGAAUGCCAUGGAUGCUGUGGACUACUUUAGCCACAGAAAGAUUGCUAUCCGGUCAACAUCUUUUAGAGAAAAAUCUAAUGGAGUAAAGGAAACCUUAGAAACUAAACAGAUCACCAGAAACGUCUCCAGUCGCUCGUUUAAGGAAGACCUUGACAUCCAAGAGAUAUACAAGGCAAACAGAAAACUAUUUGCUGAAUUGUUACAUGGUGUAGAUGCUAACCAGUCUCUCCAGAUCCCGAAAAAUCCAAAGUCCUCAGCAAGUCUAGCGAAAUCAAGGUCCUUUCCUGCCCCUGGUUUAGCACGGAAAGGAUAUAGAAAGCUCAGCUCACUCGAACACAAGCAGAAUGAAUCAUUUCCAAAAGGAAAGAAAUAUGUUGCCGGCCCUCAACCAUCAAAGCUGGUCGAAUCUGAAUCUCCUACGAAUUUUCAUAACUCUGCUGGUACUUCAAGCCAUAACGUAAGACAACAAACUAGCUCUUCUUACUUGGGCCUGGGUCGUGGAUUAAAGCAUGGGGGGUGGAAUCAGUUGGUUAUCAAGCGUUUCAAUUUUAUUAAGCAUAAAAUAAAGCACCCGUUCAAGGAGAGAAAGAAGGUAAAUAACCAGAAAACAGUUAAACUAAUACCAACUGGACAUGAACUUCCCCCUGCUAGAGAAGAAUCACAGGACAGUUUAGGAAUUACCACAAGGAAAGAUAGCACAGACAUUAGAGGUUAUGGUGAGACUAACAGUUAUGAGAAUGAUAAUACCGGUGGUGGAGUUCAAGCAAAGAUGAGAAUUGCUUCAUUAAAUGCUUCGCUGGAAAGAUAUUCUCAAUUGGCCAACUCCGGUUUCAAUAGAAACACAGAGGCAAAGUGCCACAACUCAGAAAGCUUAAGGCUGACAAGUGAAGAUAAGAUUCCGAAUAGAGAGAAGUCUAAAAAAUCCUUUGGAAGGAAUCUUUCUAUGCCUGAUAUUGAUCUUUUUUGUACACUAUUUACUGAUCCUCCUCAUGGUGUUUCUCGCACAGAAAAACCAAAAGCGGGUUUGGUGCAUUCAAAUAUGGAAAAUAUUCGUACAAAUCCAAAUCCGGCCAAUCUAUUAGUGAAUGCAGAUAGAUCCGAAGCACUGGAUAGUGAUUCACAGAGUAUGGUACAAAGAAGUGAUGACAUUGAAAACAUGCCUGUUGAUCAAACAGGUUGUUUAAACGUGGUCCAUAACAAUGAGGUAACUGCUUGGGAUGAGCUUGAGGAGAAAAUACCUCACCUAGAUAUUUUAGACAGCAAACACCAUCAGAUAUUGGGUAGUGAAUCCAGAUUCGAUGAUGUCAGUGAGCUUUCAGACGUCAGUCAACUCUUAGAAAUUGAAACUUGUUUUCAAGAUGAUGACUUUUUAAAGCUCUCCGACUUAGAAGGUUUUGAACUAAAUACUGAGUUCGGUAUUGCAAGUGAGCUUGACCCAUUCUCUGACCAACCUAACAUGGUUAGCACAGAGGCCUUACCAGAUUUUGAAGCCACGGUCGAGCAAGAGAUAAUUGAUGAAGCUGGAAAGAUUUCUAACUAUCUCUAUCUACGUUCGGAACUCGAUAGUAUCGAAAAUGUUGAUUUCAACUAUAUGAGGUAUAUUCUUCAGCUCUCCAGCUUUAUCGAAAGUGGUCAUGUGAGAUCACUCAGUUCUUCGAUGUUUGAUGGAGAGGAGGCCCACUUUUACAAGAAACUUGAAUACUAUUGGAAGAAGGUUGACAAAGAUUCUGAUCACCAGCUUCUGCUCGAUUUAGUUUAUGAGACAUUACAUAAUGUUUUUGAAAGAUCAUUCAUUUGUUUCCUCAAAACCUUCUCCUGGAAGAGCCGAAUCCGCCCAAUGCCACUGGGGCAAUGUCUUCUAGAGGAGGUCCGAGAAAAAGUUGCCUGGUACCUGUGCUUGGGACCGGAACUAGACCAGUCUCUAGAUGAUGUCGUGGGGCGAGAUUUAAGUAAAGGUGACGAUUGGAUGAACCUCCAAUCUGAUACAGAGUUCAUAGCUCUUGAGUUGGAGGAUUUGAUUAUUGAUGAGCUUUUAGAUGAAGUAAUAUAUUUUUAGGAUUUUUCUGGGUAGAUGUUCAUACUGUACAGUGGCAAUCUCCAAAUCUAUGUACAUAAGUUCUGAUUCCAGAAAGCUGGUUCUCCUCCAGCAUGAGUUUAUAGUGUCAUGUCCAAGUAAAUGAAAAAUAUAAACAGCAAAAUAGAUGCAGGGAUAGUUUGUUUUUCUUCUUUUUUCUUUCUUCUGAGAAUUUUCAAUCUCAUGUAAAUUAUUAUACAUACUCUAUAUUUGUUCACCAUAGAAAUAUGAUUUCUUAUAGUUACUUGUA